AUGUCGGACUCUGUAGCCUCCAACGAGCCUCGUCUCGCCGAGCAGGAGACAAAGCUGGCCACGAACCCUAAAGGUACAGAAGACUCUACAAAGCCGGCUACCGAUACAACUGAAGAGAAGAGCGUUGUAAGCAAGGUAGCAGACACCGCUGCUCAAGCUGCUUCUGGUGUCAGUGCAUCAGUAUUUUCGAUGUUCGGUGGGGGUGCAAAGAAGGAGAAGAAACCAGAGGAGGAAGAGGUCGAUGAGCCAAGCGGUAGCAGCAAGGCUAAGAAGGCUGAUGACGACGACGAAAAGGCAGAGGAAGAGGAAGCAGAUGUCCACUUCGAACCAGUUGUUCAUCUUACACAGCAGGUCGAGACGAAGACGCACGAGGAAGCAGAAGAGCAGACCUUCAAAAUGAGAGCGAAGCUUUUCAAGUUCGAUAGAGAUUCGAGAGAAUGGAAAGAGCGCGGUACUGGUGACGUUCGCCUGCUAAAGCACAAGGAGAACGGCAAGACCCGCCUGGUCAUGAGAAGAGACAAGACCCUCAAAGUCUGCGCCAACCACUAUGUUACCCCAGAUAUGAAGCUGUCUCCCAACGUUGGCAGUGACCGAAGCUGGGUAUGGAACGUUGCUGCCGAUGUCUCCGAGGGUGAGCCGGAAGCACAGACUCUAGCUAUCCGAUUCGGCAACAGUGACAACGCAAAUCUCUUCAAAGAAGCCUUUAUCAAAGCCCAACAAGAGAAUGAAGCUCUUUUCCAAGACGAAAAAUAA